GGAGAGUGGGCGGAGGUGCGGGCGCCCGGCCGGGCGGGGGAGGCCCGGCGUCACCCCUGCCUCUAGGAGUCGGGCGCGCACGCCAGCUCGCCUGGAGGAGCCGGGGGCACGGGCGUCCCCGCCGCCCGCAGGAGGAGCCGCGGGAACAGUCGCCGCAGCCGCGGAGCCACAGCAUCCUCCAAAGAGACGCCCCAGGCUCCGCAGCUGCUCUGCUCCUCCAGGAGGCAAGCGCCGCCGCCCGCUCCCGGCGCUCCGGCCGCCUGUCCCCUCGCCCUGCCGCCCGCGGGGUGCAGCCGGCAUCCGCGCCCGCGAUCCUCCACCUGCCGCGGGCUCCGGGGCAAUCCGACGCUGGGGAGAGAAGGUGCGAGAAACAGCGACCGGGGAGACACCGUCCCCGGGUGGCCACUCCGCGCGGAAAAGGCACGCCCGCGCGCUCUGCGCGGGGUCCCCAAGUUCAAGGGCGACACCCCUCUCCGGGAGGCUCCCCCGCCCGGGGAAACCGCGGCCGGCCCGCGGGACCCCAGCGCUUCCCGGGUCCUCAGAGACGCCCGCGCGCCCCGGCGGGGCCAUGCCCGGACUGCGCCGGGACCGCCUGCUGACCCUGCUGCUGCUGGGCGCGCUGCUCUCCGCCGACCUCUACUUCCACCUCUGGCCCCAGGUGCGGCGCCAGCUGCGGCCCAGGGAGCGCCCGCCCGGCUGCCCGUGCGCCGGCCGCGCCGCCUCCCCGGCCCCGGCCCCCGCCGCGGCCCCCUCGGCCCCCAGCCCCGCGGCGCACAACUUUUCCCGGGCCCGGCCCCGGACUGAGCAGGACCGCGGCGGCCGCAGCGUCCCCCGCUCCAAGCUGCGGGCCCUCUUCGCCCACCCGCUGUACAACGUACCCGAGGAGCCGCCGCUCCUCGGCCCCGAGGACUCGCUCCUGGCCAGCCAGGAGGCGCUGCGGUAUUACCGGAGGAAGGUGGCCCGCUGGAACAGACGACACAAGAUAUAUAAAGAGCAGCUGAACCUCACUUCCCUGGACCCCCCAGUGCAGUUCCGACUGGAGGCCAGCUGGGUCCAGUUCCACCUGGGAAUCAACCGCCAUGGACUCUACUCCCGGUCCAGUCCUGUCGUCAGCAAACUUCUCCACGACAUGAGGCAUUUUCCCACCAUCAGUGCUGAUUACAGUCAGGACGAGAAAGCCUUGCUUGGAGCCUGUGACUGCACCCAGAUCGUGAAACCCAGUGGGGUCCACCUCAAACUGGUCCUGAGGUUCUCGGACUUCGGGAAGGCCAUGUUCAAACCCAUGAGACAGCAGCGGGAUGAAGAGACACCCGAGGACUUCUUCUAUUUCAUCGACUUUCAGAGACACAACGCUGAGAUUGCAGCUUUCCACCUGGACAGGAUUCUGGACUUCCGACGGGUGCCACCAACAGUGGGGAGACUAGUUAAUGUCACCAAGGAAAUCCUAGAGGUCACCAAGAAUGAAAUCCUGCAGAGUGUCUUCUUUGUCUCUCCAGCCAGCAAUGUCUGCUUCUUUGCCAAGUGCCCGUACAUGUGCAAGACGGAGUACGCGGUCUGCGGCAACCCGCACCUGCUGGAGGGCUCCCUCUCCGCCUUCCUGCCAUCUCUCAACCUGGCCCCCCGGCUGUCUGUGCCCAACCCCUGGAUCCGCUCCUACUCGCUGGCAGGAAAAGAGGAGUGGGAGGUCAAUCCACUUUACUGCGACACAGUGAAGCAGGUCUACCCGCACAACAGCAGCAACCGGCUUCUCAACAUCAUCGACAUGGCCAUCUUCGACUUCCUGACAGGCAACAUGGACCGGCACCACUACGAGAUGUUCACCAAAUUUGGGGAUGAUGGGUUCCUUAUUCACCUCGACAACGCCAGAGGGUUCGGACGACACUCCCAGGACGAAAUCUCCAUCCUCUCACCGCUCUCCCAGUGCUGCCGCAUAAAAAGGAAGACACUUCUGCACCUGCAGCUGCUGGCCCAGGCCGACUACAGACUCAGCGACGUGAUGCGGGAGUCGCUGCUGGAGGACCAGCUCACCCCCGUGCUCACAGAGCCCCACCUCCUGGCCCUGGAUCGCAGGCUCCAGACCAUCCUCAGGACAGUGGAGCGGUGCAUAGAGGCCCACGGAGAGCAGAGCGUCGUAGCCGGCGGCCCCGAGGAACAGCCAGCCCCGGACUCUGGCCGGGCCAACCUGACAAGCUAGGGGCUGGACGAGUCGGACUUCAGACACUACACCUGGAGCCCGCGGGGGACUCUUGAGGGUGGGCCACUGCUUCCUCAUGGCCCCCAUGCAGGCUGGGGGUCCUAGGGCAGGAGCUCAUGAAGCAGACAGGGCACUGGGAUGAUUCUAAAAGAGCAAAAGUGGGAUCCACUGGACUUUCCUCCUCGGUGCACUGCCUUGGCUUCCUGUUUCCCAGGAAGCUCUGCCUCAUCGAGGCCAUGGACCACCUGCAGAGCCCACUGGGAAAUCUGGAUACGGGUCCAGCCAGGCAGCCUAGUUCCCAGGAGAGAAAAUUAACAAAUAAAACUAAAGGACAUCA